AUGAAGAGCCUCAAGUCUCGCUUGAAGAAGCACGAAGCGAAUGACUGGAACAAAUAUGAUGACAGGUUGAUGAAAGCAGCAGAAAGAGGGGAUGUGGAGAAGGUUUCAUCCAUCCUUGCCAAGAAAGGAGUCAGUCCUACCAAACUGGAUGUGGAAGGGAGGUCUGCAUUCCAUGUUGUGGCCUCAAAGGGAAACCUGGAUUGCUUGAACACCUUCCUGAUUCAUGGAGCUGAUAUCACAGCCACUGAUGCUGCAGGCAGGAACGCCUUGCACCUAGCUGCGAAAUAUGGACAUGCUUUGUGUCUGCAGAAGCUGCUGCAGUACAACUGUCCAACAGAGAAUGUGGAUCUUCAAGGAAGAACUGCUCUUCAUGAUGCAGCUAUGUCAGACUGUUCCUCCAGCAUACAACUGCUCUGCGAUCAUGGGGCCUCAGUGAACUCAAAAGAUGGAGAUGGGAGGACACCACUAGUGCUGGCCACUCAGAUGUGUCGUCCCACAGUUUGUCAGCUUCUGAUAGACAGAGGAGCAGAUGUUAAUGCCAGAGACAAACAAAACAGGACUGCCUUAAUGCUAGGCUGUGAAUAUGGCUGCAAGGAUGCAGUAGAAGUGUUGCUCAGGAAUGGUGCUGAUGUUAGCUUGACUGAUGGCCUUGGUCAUGACUGUGCUUACUAUGCCCGAAUUGGUGACAAUAUUGACAUUUUGGCUUUAAUAAAAGCUGCCCUUGAGGAUUCCAGCAAAGCAAGAGGCAGCAUGAAGAGAGGGCAGCCUGAACAAAAGGUUACUAAUAUGUCACAGAAGUGGAACCGGCUGCAUGCGCAGGAGGAGGUGAAUGUCAAGCUGUAUCAGAAGGAUCAUAAUGCUCAGGAAUUGGAGUUAGAAAAUCAAGAUUUGAAAGACCGGAUGAGAGAAGUGCAAGAGGAGCAAAGGAUGCUGCUGGAUAGAAUCAGUGAGCUGCAGCUCCAGCUCAAUGAGGAGCAAAUGUUUGCAGAUGAUCUUGAGAAUGAGAAGGAUGAGUUGAAGAAAAUCCUAACCACCAAGGAGAAACAGCAGGAGGAAAGCUUAAGAACUAUCGAAGCUCUCAAAGCUAAACUCAAAUAUUACGAAGUUGACUUGAUGGGAUCUGGAAGUAACUUUGGUAACAGAAAAGAAGAUUUGCUGCUUAAACAAGGCCAAGUGUUUGCAGUGGAGUCUCAGGUAAUCAAUAUUCUGCCACUGGAGGGAAUUCCAAGACACCUGCAGUCUAGGUCUAUGCUGAGACCCCUGCAGCUCUCCCUGCCCACCCAAUCAUCCACAUCAGAAAAGGAAACUUUAAAGAAGGAGCUUGACAACAUGAGGACCUGCUAUGGUGCAGCAAAGGAGGAAAUCAGCAAACUGCAGAGAGAGCUGUCUCACAAGGUGUCAGAGUGUAAAGCUCUGGCAUCAGAGUGUGAAAGAACCAAGGCAGAAUCUGAUGGACAGAUAAAACAACUGGAAGAUGCUUUAAAGGAUGUGCAGAAAAGAAUGUUUGACUCUGAAGGCAAAGUUAAGCAAAUGCAGACCCACUUUCUGGCUCUGAAGGAUCACCUGACGAGCGAAGCUGCUGCAGGGAACAGUAAGUUAACAGAGGAGCUGAAGGAUCAGUUGAAAGAAAUGAAAACCAAGUACGAAGGAGCCUCUGCUGAGGUGGGAAAACUAAGGAACCAGAUUAAGCAGAAUGAAUUGCUGGUGGCAGAAUUCAAGAGAGAUGAAGGAAGGCUGGUGGAGGAAAACAAAAGGUUGCAGAAGGAGCUUGUGAAGUCGGAGAUGGAGCGAGAUAAAAGGGGAAGGAACGUGGUGGAGCUGGAAGGGCAGCUGAAAGAAGCAGCAGCAAAGUUAGCCUGCUCUGUAGCUUCAGAGGAGUUUGAAGGCAUGAAGAGCUCGUUGUCAAACGAGGUGAAUGAGAAAGCAAGGCAGCUGGCAGAGGUGGAAGGAGAGUGUGAAAAACUGCAGGCAGAGAUCCUGCUUUUAAAGAGGGAAUCUGAGAGUCAGAGAGCCAAGCUUGCUCGGCACAUCAAGCCAGAGGAGCACGAGCAGAUGAGGAGUGGGUUUGAACAGAAGAAUGAAGAGCUCGGGAAGACCAUCUCUGAAUUAUCUCAGAAGCAGCAGGCUCUGCAGAAGGAGCUUGAAAGAUCACAGGUGGAUAACAAGAUGCUGAAGCAGCAAAUCCAGAUGCUAAAAACUGAAAUAAAAAGCCAGAAUGUGCCUUUAAAAAUUCAUGAGGAGCUGAAGAAGACAAACGAUGAGGCUGUUGGUGACCUGACCAAGAAGCUUUUUGACAUAACAAAGAAGUACAACGAAAGCAAAGCAGAGGCUGAGAAGCUGCUGGUGGAGAAGAACAACUUAAAUGAGACUAUCAGCCACUUGCAAGCUGUGUACCUGUCACCUGAGCAGCACAAAAAAGAAAUGGAAGCUUUAAAAUCGGAUGGUAUGGAGCUUGAAAAGCAGCUUGCUGAGCUCCAGAAAAAAUAUGGUGAGGAGCAAGCAAAAGUGGGCAAAUUGCUGUCUGAAAAUGCAGCCAUGAGAGAGGCUGUCCGGGAGCAGUACGUGCUGGCUGCCACCCACGAGGAGGUUAAAGCAGUCCUGAACAACACCUUGGAAAAGAGCAACAGGGAGCUGUCAGAGCUGAAGGGAAAAGCUGAAGAGAUAAAGCAAGAAUUCCUGAGGGUCAACGAGGAAAAUGGGACUCUGAAAAAUCAGGUGAGGCUCCUGGAGAAUCAGCUGCGAACGGAGUUUAUAAGUGUGAAAGAUCAUGAGAGCACCGUGGCUGCCUUAAAGAAGAGCCUGCAGGAACUUCAGGAGAACAAUGCUGCCCUGACAGCUGAGUGCAAGAGGGGUCAGGAAGAGGUUUUGCAGUUGCAUGGAGAAAUUGAAGCCCAGAAGAAGGAACUCGACACGAUUCAAGAAUGCAUUAAGUCAAAAUACGCCCCGCUUGCCUCCUUUGAAGACAGAGAACAAAGCUUUGAGGCCACGGUGAAAGCACUGAAAGCACAAUUGCAGGAACAGGCACAGAAGUGCAGAGAGAGCCAGGAGGAAAACCAGAAGUUGAAAGUGGAGAAUGAAAAGCUCAGGAAGGGUGUUCUGUCCAUCCAAAACGACUUGCAGCAGAACUACGUCCUCGCUGAGAGGUCCCGUGAGGUGGAAAAGAUGUUUGCAAGCAAAAUGGAGGAGCUGAACAAGCAACUGAGAGAACUGCUGCAGAAAUACACAGGUGACACAGAGGAGAGACCUGAGCUCCAAGAGGGCACUGAGCUGCCUCUGCAGGCUCAGCAGCUUUCAGCAGAGCAAAUUGAAGCCUUGAAGAAGACUCUUGGUUGCACUGUAGAAGAGCUGAAGGAAGCCCUCAGGAGUAAGAAGGAAUGUUAUGAGAAAGAAACACUGAAAGUAGGAGAACUGCAGCAGGAAUUGUCAGGUCUGAAGAAGUCUUCAGUGCCCUUGGUGGAAUACACACAAAUGAAGGAAAAGCUUGAACAGGAGAUUGCAGCCAUCAAAACCAGCUUGAGGGAAAAGGAAGAGGAAAGCCAAGUUAAAACUGAGGAAAUCUUGAAGCUGCAGUCUGAGAUUCAGCUUACUCGACAAGCUUUAGCAGAGCUGGAGAGCAAAGAAGUGAUUGAGCUGUCUGAAUACAAUUCCAUGAAGAGUUCUCUGGAGGCCCAGCUUAGUAGCAUAGCUGAGAACCUGGCAGGGAUGAACAAGAAGUAUGAGGAAGCAUGUGAGGAGGCUUUGCAAGCUAGGAGGAGUGAGCUUUCCUUGAAGGAUGAGAAGGAGCUGCUUCAGUUAAGGAGCUGCAGCAUCGAGCAGGAAAUUAAAGACCAGAAGGAAAGGUGUGAUAAAUCCCUGACCACAAUCAUUGACUUGCAGAAGAGAAUUCAGGAGUCUGCAAAGCAGGUGGAAGCCAAGGAUAACAAGAUAACAGAGCUGCUGAAUGAUGUCGAGAGGUUGAAACAAGCUCUGAAUGGCUUGUCCCAGCUUACCUACACCACUGGGAUCCCCUCCAAGAGGCAGAACCAGCAGGUUGAAAUGCUCCAGAACCAAGUGAAAACUCUGCAGCAGCAGCUGGCUGAUGCUAAAAGGCAGCACCAAGAGGUCGUUUCGGUUUAUCGGACACAUCUUCUUAGUGCUGUACAGGGUCACAUGGAUGAAGAUGUCCAAGCUGCUUUACUACAGAUCAUCCGAAUGAGACAGGGUCUUGUUUGCUGA